AUGAACACUACAAUUUUACAUGGAAAGCGUGUAUUGAUUACCGCCGGGCCAACACGCGAAGCCAUUGAUCCCGUCCGAUACAUCAGCAAUCAUUCCUCCGGGAAAAUGGGUUAUGCGAUCGCGGAGCAGUUUUUGAAUCUCGGCGCGAUCGUUACGCUGAUUUCUGGCCCGGUAAACCUGACGCUUGACCAUCCUUGUCUGAAUAUUGUUUCCAUAACAACUGCGGGAGAAAUGUACCUGGCUUGCUGCCAGCAUUUUGAAGAAGCAGAUAUUGUAGUCUUUUCGGCCGCUGUCGCCGAUUACCGGCCCGCUAAAGUGGCCAGGCAAAAAAUAAAGAAAGACGAUGAAUCAUUUUCCUUCCAAAUGGUAAAGAAUAUUGAUAUCGCCUUUGAAUUCGGGAAAGUAAAACAGAACGAUCAGCUGUCAAUAGGGUUUGCCCUGGAAACCUGCGAUGAAUACACUCAUGCCAUAAAGAAAAUGGAGAAGAAAAAUUUUGACCUCGUUAUCCUGAACUCGAUGAACGAUGACCAGGCCGGGUUUGGGUUCGAUACCAACCGCAUCACAACUAUCAGUCGUGAUCAUUCGAAAAAAGUAUUUCCAUUGAAAUCAAAAAAAGCUGUUGCCCGGGAUAUCGUCAGCGAAACCGUCAGCUUGUUAAUCAGCCGUUAUGAGAUGAACGAAAUUGCCAGUUUUGACUAA